AUGAAGAUGAAAAAGAGGGUCUUGUGCGUUUACGACGGAGCACGAAGGCUCUGGAAAGACGACAUGAUGCUCGAUCAUGAUUUUGAAGUUCGAAAGGACAUUGGCAAUGGUGAAUACAAAGUGACCGAUUUGGAUGAAAUAACAUGCAUGCGUGCGAACGCGGUCCUGGAUGCUACAGAUGAAGAGAAAGGGCCGUGGAUCGAAGAAAGGGAUGAGGUCGAUAUCAAGUGGCUUCCGCUUCAUUCAAACUCCUCAUCGGCGUCAGGGGAUCAUGGUCAGGCUCUAAAGCUAGAAAGACAGAAAGAUCACUAUUCGCAUUUCAUCCUACGCCUCGCUUUUUCCUGCACCGAAGACCUUCGCCGGCGCUUCACAAGAGUGGAAACUGCCCUCUUUAAAUCACGAUUUCAGAACGAUGAUGUGCGCGAGCGGCAAUCAUUCGUCGAGUCUCUUAAAUUACAAUGGGAUGGCGUGACCGAGGAUGAAAAACGCACCUUGGCGUCCGAUCUACUCAAUGCAACACCGGGCCUGAAGCGAGCAGAGAUUGACGAGGCUGGCUGGUUCAAAGUAGAUUUUGAAACAGUUCCAGAGCUCGUAGAAAGCCGGCGAGUCUUGCUGAAAGGAGGAAAGGCCUACGUACCAGCUCGCGAGCAGAUGAGCAUGGUUCUGGCCGCUUUCCACGCCAAUCUUGAGAAUGGUCUAGAGCUUGCUACUCGCGCUCUCCCGCGCCUCGACGAAGACGAUCGUCUGACCCCAAUCUUGAACCACCUUUCCAAAAACUUCUCGACUCCCGACUCGACAGUCUCGGAGUCUGAAGGCGCCCUCUCAACUGCCCAAGUUAACGCAGCAUCGAUUGACACCCUCGCCCAGCAUUUUCCACUCUGCAUGCGUAAUCUCCAUCAGAAUUUGCGAAAGAAUAGCCACUUGAAGCACUAUGGCCGGUUGCAGUAUACCCUCUUCCUGAAAGGGAUAGGUUUGACAUUGGAAGAUUGCCUGGUCUUCUGGCGCCAAGCUUUCAAGCUCAUCACGGAUGAUACAUUCAAUAAAGAGUACCGCUAUAACGUGCGGCACACCUACGGUGAUGUUGGUGGGGAUGCUAUACGGCGUGGACGAGGCUAUGCGCCUUACUCAUGCCAGAAGAUCCUGACCGAACACCCUCCUGGCUCUGGUGAGAGUCACGGAUGUCCUUACCGCCAUUUCAGCGUUGAUAAUUUGACAAGUCUUUUGCAGCUCACGAAUGUGAAUGAUCGAGAAGUCUUGCGAGGAGUCAAGGACGACGUGGACAAGAAGAGGUACCAUAUAGCCUGUAACCGAGUCUUUGAAUGGACACACAAGGAGGAGCUGAAAAAGGUCAAGGACGAAAGUAGUUGGCCAGCGGCGGAAUUGGACACGAUAGUUCAUCCUAAUACCUUUUUCAAGAGAAGCUACAUGCUAAAGAUGGGAGUCAAAUCAGAGAUCGGGCAUAGCCAAAUGGAAGAUGGAUGA